AUUGGGGUUAUGUAAUCGCACUCGGCAUUCCUGUCCUUACCUAAGAGUCACCUCCAGAGCUUAACGUCGGAGCCUUACCCCAGACUCUGAGACGGCCUCUCUCUGUGUUUUUUUAUUUGCCAGGGCCCUUUUUCACCUACUCAUAGGUAUAUAAAACAUGGCCCAGCCGUCGUCAGAGAUGCUGACAAUUCGCCACCUGCCCGCAACUGCCGAGACCCUCCCCCUGAGCAUAGGACGUUGCCAGGCCGAUCCUCCCCGUUAGACUAGACGCGGCACCUCGCAGCGGCAGCAGCAGCAGCGGCAGCAGCGGCAGCAGCGUACCCUGACCUUUACCGCCGAGGACCAUGGCGAAAUCCAAAUCGCAGGGGAGCGUGCCGAACCGGCCGAUUUAUUCUCGAAUAUCCUAUCUGUACCAAGCAGCCGCGUGUAUGGCCACCCGUUCGGGACAGGAAGCGUCCCGCGAUGUCGCCCGCGGCCCUGAAGGCUCCGGGGAUCCUGCUGCCGCGGCAUCGCGAGGCGGCCGAGCGUUUUCGCGGCAACUGCUUGCCGACAUGCGAGCCACGUCUCUGAAGAGCCAAAUCCGCCUGUCCCCGGACCUGAAGCGGACGGUCUGCAAAUUCUGCGACAGCUUUCUCGUCGAAGGGAAGACGAGCAGCUCCGUGGUCGAGAACAACAGCAGGGGUGGCAAGAAGCCUUGGGCCGACGUGUUCGUCAUCAAAUGCCACACCUGCGGCGGGGUAAAGCGCUUCCCCCUUCAUGCGCCCCGGCAGAAGCGGCGGCCACUCCGUCAAGAUCGACAACCCACGGAGGGGUUGGGGACGACAGAGAACCCAGAUAGAAACGAAGUGACAGAAACAGACAGAACGACAACGCAUGCGUAUCAACCGACGCUUCCCAUGUACCUAAACCCAAGACCGAUCCCAUAAUCUCUUGAUGCCGAACGAUGUUUUGUCUUCCCAUCUUUAUCACCAUGCGUCGCCCACAGGUUCUCUACGUAACGCUACCCGGAAUAGUCACUAUAAUGAACUCUUCCCUCGGGCUAAGCAUAAGGUAAUUCCCUAUAAUAGGGUAUUAAAAUGUAGUCCAU